UCGCCCAAACCAGCUUCGCGCUAUUACGACAGUGCCUCUGUGAUUUUCUCCGCCGUAGUACAUUUUAUUCCUCAUAACAAGAUGCAGACGUGGGCGUUGGUGGUGUGCGCGGCCGCGCUGGCAGCGCUUGCCGGUGCGCAGAAGCCGGGCCGUUUCCUCUCCCUGCCGCAGCCGCAGAAAUGCGCUAACAGACCAAAGGAAUUUUUCUACCGAGGCCAUAACUACUUCUUUACUGGACACGUGCCAGCGUUGGCCAACAAGAAGUUCGACUGGCUGGACGGACGCAACAUCUGCCGCGAGUACUGCAUGGACCUCGUCUCCAUGGAGACGCAGGAGGAAAACAAUCUCAUCUUCAAACUCAUACAGACAAAUGACAUACCUUAUAUCUGGACAUCUGGUCGUCUCUGUGACUUCAAGGGUUGCGAGUCCCGCAAAGACCUUGAACCCAAGAACAUCUUCGGAUGGUUCUGGUCCGCGAACAGGGAAAAGAUGUCGCCCACCAACCAGAUUCCCAACGGCUGGGGUUACAACCCUUGGUCUCAAACCGGUCACAAGAAGCAGCGUCAGCCUGAUAACGCGGAGUUUGAUAUCAACGGUACAACGGAGUCGUGCUUGAGCAUCCUGAACAAUGUCUACAACGACGGCAUCGCGUGGCAUGACGUCGCCUGCUACCACGAGAAACCUGUCGUCUGUGAGGACUCUGAGGAACUUCUUAAUUACGUCGCCAGCACCAACCCCGGCUUACGUCUGUGAUUUAUACCCAACGUAUUAAUUUAAUCACGUAUUAGGCAAUUCCAAAUUUCAAACAAAUAAUAGCGAUUAUAUUGACUACAAGAAAUGCAUUGUCUUGCAGCUUUCUUUCUGAAUUUUUUCUCGAUAUUCUAAUUCAUUGUUUGCUUACAAAAAAGUGUUCAUUUACUCCCGCUUUAAAAAUUAUCAUGUUUCUACAAAAUGCCAAUGAUUUGGAAUUUUCUACACUAUUUGUGGAUUUUAUGCUCUGUCAUACAUUGGAACUUGCCAUAAAUUGGAUUUCGAUCUCUUCCAGUCUCACUGCCUGAAUACUGUCGUACAUUAUGUACAGAAUAUUAUUAAUUUAAGACUUACGUAAGUUUAACUAAGUGUAUUUACAUAAGGGAAGAAUUUCUAUUUGUAUAUAAAAUAAAA